AUGUUGGAUUCAUCACCCGAAGACGAAGAUUUCCCAGGAAGACUUUUACAUCAGUCCGCUUUGUGGGAUAAUACCGAACUGUUGGAAGAUUUAUUGGCAGGGGGCCAACAGAAUUUUAUAAAUUCUCGAGACAGUUGGGGAAGGACUCCCCUGCACGCGGCGGCUAUCACAGACAACUCGCAGUGUUUGCAAUUUCUUUUGAAUUCGGGCGCAGAUCCGAACAUACAGUGUGGUCCUAGGGGACAAAAUAAGACGCCACUACACUUGGUUGCAGAACAUGGGCAUGCAAAAAAUAUUUUAACUUUGUUAGAGCAUGAUGUAGAUCUAACUUUGCGUGAUACGAAUGGGAUGACAGCCAUUGAUUUGGCUGAGAAAAAUGGACAUUUAAAAUGUGUUAUGGUCCUUAAAGAAGCAGCUGAUGAAAGAGAGAAAGCAAGACUGGAAAUUCAUGCGGCGAUUAGAGACGCUAUCAACCAAGGCGAUUCGAAUUCUGUCCAUCAAAUUCUCCAAUCUGUACAAAAAGAUGCCGAACUUAUUGUCAACAUGGCCCCAAGCGGGGCAAAUACUCUUCUAUUCACAGCUUGCCAAAUAGGGAACAAAGAAAUAGUUAAAAUAUUACUAGAAAACGGAGCUGAUGCUAGAUGUCACCCCGUAACAAAAUACUCUCCACUUUAUAUAGCGUGUUACUGCGGUCAUCAAGAAAUAGUAGAACUGUUGUUGUUAAGGUUCCCAGAACUUGUACAGAUUCAUACUGUGGAAAGAUGGCUACCGAUCCACGCAUGCUGUAUAAACGGUCACGUGCCCGUUCUCGAAUUGUUAUUUCAUUUUCCGUAUCCGAUUCAAGUUCUGAGAAAGUACCGUGAUAAAACCGAACAAUGGGAAUACUUCUUACCAUUUGAUGUAAACGAAAGGGACGCUACCGGACAAAAUAUACUGUACGUUGCUGCUUUGCUGGGAAAUAAGAAAUUAAUAGAUGUGAUAUUGCAAUUUAAGGUUAAAGCCAAGAGGAUAUCCUCUUCAGAAGAUGAUGUUGUUACUCCCAGUUCCGAAACAGCCACUGUAAGGAGUCCUACGAGGAGAAGAAUUUCAGAUGGGAUCAUAUCAAUUAUGUCGAAAUUGAAUUUUUCCAGAGAAAAUUCGUCUGAAAAUUCCGAUAAUGAUCCUAACACCAAGAUGAUUUGUCCGUUGAGGAUCGAUACGUAUUGUAACAAUAACACAGAGACUGCUCUGCACGCAGCUGUCAAGGGCAAACAUUAUGAUAUAGCUUGUGUUCUUUUGAAAAACGGCGCUAAUUCUAACGCUGUCAUCAAGGCUUAUCAUGACAUUAAUGAGACGCUGACUUGUUGUUCGGUAGAAGACGAUAAUAAUUUUGGUCAGUCUACGGCUCUUGUGGAGGCCUGUAGAAACAGGGACGUUCCUAUUGUGGAUUUGUUACUCAAAAAUGGUGCCAGAGAUGACGAAUGUAAAGCUCUGGCCGUCGCUGUGAACAAUAACGAUGAAACGCUUACCGCCAAACUCUUAUCGACAAAGGCUCACCCUGAUCCAGAAUACAAAAUAAACAAGAAGGCUAUGACUGAAAACGUCAAUUCGUCCCAGUUUACGAUCUUUUCUAACGUAACUAACUUAACUUAUUCCUCGUUAUUUCCAAAUACUCCCACUAUGAUCAAUUGGCACAAUCAAAAGUGCAAUUUGACGCAAAUCAAAACGCAAUGGUUGAUCGACGCGGCGCUCCAUAUCAACCCGAAGUUGAAACAAAAUCCAAGAAAUUUUGAUAUUUCUUUAUAUGCCAUCACGAGGUUGGAUCUGUCUAAUAAUAAUCUGACUUGCGUGCCGUUGGCCGUAUUUAGGCUGUUUAGUUUAAGAUUCCUGAGUCUGGCUCAAAACAAAAUCGAAAAACUGCCAAUACCGAUGAGUUCGCCCGUCAAAAAGAGCGCCAGAAAAAAACAUAUCAACCUCGACGAACUAACCUACUGUUGUCCCGUUUUGGAGGAACUCUACCUCCAAGACAACCGGCUGGAUCACGUCCCAGACGCCAUUUUUAAGUUACCAUCUCUAAUAACCUUGGUGGUGUCGAAUAACAAACUUCAGCAAUUGCCGUAUGGAGUUUGGCUAGCACCAAAGCUCAAAGAGUUGAAUGCGGCUUUCAAUUUGAUCAGAGAAUUACCCGCGUUCCCCGCAGAGAGUAAAGAAGAUUUGGAUAAAAUGAGUGUAAGUUCGAGCGAUAGUCAACUGUCUUAUCACGGGGAGCAAGAUUCCGAGUCGGAAUUAUCAGAUUUCGAUUUGGAAACCAAAUUGAAUCUGAAAGAAGAUGGCGUGCACGCUAUACGAUACAGGAAAAAGGAAAGAUCUUACGUUCAAAUGGAUCUAGCCAAACACCAUAUCUGGAAUAAGAGUGUAGAGGUAACGGAACAAAUUCUCCACAAUGAGGACUCAUCGACGGAGCCCUCCUCGCAACUCUCCUCCCUUAAUCUGGCUCACAAUCUCUUCACCAGCAUUCCCGCAGUGCUGCCCUGUUUAGCUGUUAAUUUGACGCGUCUCAACAUGGCGUUCAAUUCGCUCAGAUCCAUGUCGCACAUCACCAGUUAUCCCAGCUCGUUGAAGCAAUUGGAUUUGAGCCAUAACCAGAUCUCCGUGUGGCCUAGUUUGCCGCAGGUCGAGGCACAGGAUAAUAUGGAGUUGGCGAAUUUGGCUUGUUAUAUGAAUGGUAGCGGUUUUAGAGGGAAAACUCCAGAAAUUGUCAUAAGAAGACAACCUGGUAGAUCUCUGAGGCACAGCGUGUUACAUUCUGUGUGUUCCCAUAGAAGGCACUUGCGAUUGGACAACUUGAGAACGCUCAUUUUGGCCGACAAUCAGCUAAUGAGGAUACAAUUGGCCACGGACGAUGACGGUGACAUCAGUAGCACCGACGACGAAGAUCUCGAAAGGGGUUCGCAAAUGGGCAAAUCUAGGCUUAUGUUCCCGAAUUUGUCCAUGUUGGAUAUAAGUAAUAAUGCUUUGAAGGAAAUUCCGUCGAAUAUCAACGAUCUCAACAAUCUGUCGGUGUUGAAUAUAAGUGGAAAUUUGGACAUCAACGAGCUCCCCCCUCAGAUGGGCCUGUUGUCCCGUUUGUGGAAUCUCAACACACGCGGUACGAAUCUACAAGACCCGUUGAAGUCAAUGAUAGAAAGCAAAAAAUACAAAACGAUGGACAUAAUCGGCUAUUUGAAAUCGGUGCUCGAAGAUGCCAAACCGUACGCCAGAAUGAAGCUGAUGAUCGUCGGCGUCCAGGGUAUCGGAAAGACCAGCCUGCUGGACCAAUUGCGCCAGGAGGGCGUCACGAGACGGCGACCAGAGCACUGGGCGAAAAGAAUGGGCAAUAAAAACAUAAACGCAAAAACGUCCAGAGGUUCGAACAUGUCCACUGUAGGCGUAGACAUCGGUGAUUGGGUUUAUGAGAAAAAAGUGAGAUUACAAUCAUCUCACGGACCAGUUGUGUUCAGAACGUGGGAUUUCGGCGGACAAAAAGAGUAUUAUGCAACACAUCAGUAUUUCUUAUCAAAACGCAGCUUAUAUCUGGUAGUGUGGCGAAUUACUGACGGUCACAGAGGCAUCAACGAGAUUCUUCAGUGGCUGGUUAAUAUACAAGCUAGAGCUCCGAACUCACCUGUCGUUAUAGUAGGCACUCAUUUUGAUGUCAUACAGGAAUUCAAUCCUAAUAUUUCGGAGGAAUAUCAACAAAUUAUUAGGGAUAGAUUCAUAAACGUCGUGGAUGCUGAAAAAUGCGGACUACCAAGAGUUCUGGAUACCAUUGAGAUUAGUUGCAAGACGAGGCAUAAUAUCAAAUUGCUGUGCAAUUUGAUUUACGAUACAGUAUUCAGUUUGCGACCCCCCGGCAGCAAAGAAUUACUGUUAGAACAAAAAGUUCCUGCGACCUACUUAGCAUUGGAAGACGUGAUUAAUUAUAUCGCGACUGAAAGGAAAGCUAAUGGUUUUGAUCCGGUUCUAAACGCUGAACAGUAUAGAAACUUGGUUACCACAGAAAUGCUGCAGAGAUAUAAUAAAACGUUCAGGGAUUGGUCCGAGUUACACCAGGCCACUUUAUUUUUACACGAAAACGGCGUAUUACUACAUUACGACGACGCUACUCUAAAAGAUCUCUAUUUCCUGGAUCCCCAGUGGUUGUGCGACAUGUUAGCGCACGUCGUAACCAUAAGAGAAAUAAAUCCUUUUGCCAGGACCGGCGUGAUGAAAUUAGACGAUUUGAAACACAUUUUUAAGGCUAGCAAUAUCGGGCCGAUGGAUACGAGAGGUUAUAUCGUUAAUUUGCUCAACAAAUUCGAGGUGGCCCUAACGUGGGACUCUAGAACGUUAUUGAUACCGUCGCUGUUGCCUUCGGAAGAAGACAUCAUUAUGGCGCAGAUUUACCCGGGACAGUUUCAUCCGAUGGUUAAAGUAAAAGUACCGUUGAGAUCGCGCGGGUGGGCCGUGAGGAGUAAAAAGAUAAGCGUCUCGCCGAAAUCUGUGUUGUACAGAGAUCCGAGCGUACAGAGGACGUUCGAGUUGAGUAUGCCGCCCGGAGCUGGUUCUCCUGUCAAAAAUCCUCAAACUCCAGAAGAGCCUCAAUACCAACUAAAAUCGAAAUGUUCGGACAAAUCAAUGACAAGAUUACUUCUGAUGUCCUAUUUUCCGUCCGGUUUUUGGUCUCGACUCAUUUCCCGGAUACUCGCCGACGAUACAAUAAUCGAUAUCAUCAGAUCGUUCUUCAUUUUACCGAAAGAUGUCGCGCAGGACGUUCAGUUAGCCAAAGUAUUGGAUUUAACGGCUGAAUGGGUUCUGUGGCAGACUGGAUUGCAGCUCAAAUACGGCGACAUUACUUUGUUUAGAAUGAAGGAAGUGUUGCAUAAUUCUGCAGCGUAUUACAGACAGUUAAAAUUUCGGUUAAAACAGGAGGGCGUUUGGUCGGAUGUUGAUCUUCUCAAUUCUUCUAUUUUAGAAAUACAUUUCCCAGUAGAAUCUCUGGUCGUUCAACCUUUGCUAAAUCAAAAUUAUCAUAGUGGUUAUAAACUUAGAGAGGAACUAAUUAUCGAACCGUCUACCGAGUGUACAGCUCAAUUACUGGCUUUGACAGUGGAUCAUAUCGAUAUCCUUCUCGAGGAUUGGUAUCCGACUUUAGGUACGAGGUUCGUACACACUUCAGAAGGAAAGUUUCUCAUAACGCGUCUAAUCCCUUGCCCAAAAUGUUUGACAGUUUCUGACAGUGAUCACAAUCUAAACGAGUUUCCGCCUUCAAAUGCUCAUUUACUGGAACCUUUGAAUCAAGAACACGAACAAGCAGGUCAUUUUGAUCUGCAUAGAAUACGAAAAUCUCAGGAAUCUUACACGUCCGAAUGCGAUAGCGGAGUGGGACCCGAUUCGGCGAGUUCUAGUCGCAUACCUUCGGUCGAAGGCCAUCCUGGGGUGCAACCUGAGGAAGAGAAACCGUUAAUAUACUGUUGGAUGGUCGAAGAAUGCAUUUUAGAAGCGUACGGGGAUAAGAAAGUGGUUUGCCCCACGCACGGAGAUUGUCCGUUAUCCAGAAUCGCCGGUGAUACGAUAUUUAUGGAUUUGGGUGAAAGGUACAUCAUAAGGCCGGAGAAUAUUAAAAAGGGCAGGUUAUUAGGAAGGGGCGCUUUUGGGUUUGUAUUCAAAGGAACUUGCAAGUUACGUGGUUCGAAUACGACUAUGGAUGUCGCGAUGAAAAUGCUUCAACCAGUUCAACCUGGUCCUAAUGCUCGACAAUCAGCUGUAAUAGCUUACAAGGCAGCACAAGGAAAGUGGGACAGAGAUCCUUUGCAAUACGCCUGCAAAGCCUAUUGUACCGCCAGACAGGAACUCAACAUACUACUUUCUCUUAAGCAUCCGAAUAUCGUACCUUUUGUCGGCGUUUGCACCAGUCCUUUGGCUCUGGUGCUAGAUUUGGCACCUCAGGGAGCUCUGGACUUGGUUUUAAGGCAUUACAGGAGAUCCGGUGCGAAAGUGGGACCUUAUACUCUUCAAGCCAUCAUCUUACAGGUCGCCAAAGCGAUAGAAUACCUCCACAGACAGCGCAUCAUUUACAGAGAUCUGAAAUCAGAGAAUGUAUUGGUAUGGGAAAUGCCACCGCCGUUUAUGGAUCAUCCUGAUCAACCUGUACAAAUAAAAGUAGCAGAUUAUGGUAUAAGCAGGCUGACGUUGCCGUCGGGAACGAAAGGCUUUGGGGGUACGGAGGGGUUCAUGGCACCCGAGAUUAUGAGGUACAAUGGCGAGGAAGAGUACACGGAAAAGGUGGAUUGCUUUUCAUUUGGUAUGUUCGUUUAUGAGUUGCUGACGUUGCAUCAACCCUUUGAAGGACACGAAUCCGUGAAGGAGUGCAUUUUAGAAGGUGGACGGCCGGCUUUAACUUACAGGGAAACGUUAUAUCCCAGUUAUUUUUUGGAUCUCAUGGUGCUCUGUUGGUCGCAACAGCCCAAAGACAGACCCUCGGCUAGUCAAAUAGUCUCGAUCGCCAGCGCUCCCGAAUUUACUCACUUAUGUGACGUCGUAUCUCUAAAACAUGUGGCUCCGGUCGUAGCCUCUACGAGUGCAGCCCUAACUCAUAUCACAGAUGAUGGCCUAUCUGGUUCGGAAAUGUGGCUGAUGUGUGCAAAUUCGAGAAUAGACUUGCUCCUGGCGGCCGAAAGGGGUUGGCUACAGUACCAUACCAUGACUUUACCAAUAAGGGCCACAGCUGCUUGUACUGUAGGUGAUUCGGUCUGGAUAGGCGAUUAUUCUGGAAAAUUACAUGCUUAUUCAGCUAACGAUGGUCGAAAAUUGUUCUUCUACACGUUGGAAAAUCAGCCGAACACCCAGGUGGAGGCUUUGCUGUAUUUACCUUCGCUGAAGAGGGUGGCGUGCGCUUUAUCGAACGGUAGAUUGUUUUUGGUGAAUUCCGAAACGAAACCUUUGACUCCUACUGCGGCCGAGGGUUCGUUCGUUAUGACGGAAUUAGGUUCGAUGUCUGUUAUCAACUGUAUGUGCGCCGUUUUCGAUCAAACAGACAGUUCUUGUGAACUUUGGUGCGGAGAAUCGGCCGGACAAAUAUCGAUAUACACGAUUAAAGAUCACGUUGUGGCCGGUCACGAAAUCGUUAAUCACUAUCAACCAAUAAUCGAGAAGGUCGACGUGAUGAACAUCAUUUCCGUGGAGAGUAACGUGUGGUCGUACGUCCGACCCGGAUGCAUCGUCUACCAAUGGGAUUCCAAGACGAAGACGAUUGUUAAUAAAUUGGAUUGCUCGAAAUUGGUACCGUGCUCCGAGAGUCUCAAGAGUAUCGCCAUUGAGGAGCAUUUAAGUCCUACCAAUUGUCAGGUAACCAGCCUUGUCGCUUUAAACGACGAACUCUACAUAGGCACCACUUGGGGCUGCGUGAUAAUUGCCGAACGGUUCACUUUGCGCCCCAUAACGAUUUUCCGCCCAUACGAAGAGGAAGUUCGAGCUAUAGUUCCGCUUCACACUGGUGCCAAAUCCGCUCAGGGAAAUCAAGAAAAAGUACCGCUGAUAGCGACCAUCGGUAGGGGAUACAGGAACCUCUUAUCCAGAUACACCGACGUCCCGGUUAACACCGGUACCCCACUGCCUAGUCCGAUGGGGGCAUUCGGCCCGCCCUGCGUUAAACCGAAUAUGUUUGUGUUACUUUGGAGGGCGGAGCAUUGGAACGCUCUCUAA